AUGUUGUCCUUUCGGAACCAAGAAUCGGACGAUAGGGUGGAGAAAAAGAUAAGCGUUGCGGCGUGCAACGUUUUCCGAGAACUCCGACAGAACCGCCAGCUAUGCGACAUAGUCAUCCAGGUCGAGGGGCAGGAAUUCCCCGCACAUCGUAACAUCUUAUCAGCUUGUAGUCCGUAUUUUCGGGCCCUUUUCACUAACGGAAUGAACGAGACAUUAUUGAAAACCGUCAAAAUACCUGGUGUAUCCAUACGAACUAUGGAUCAGAUUAUUGACUAUGCUUACACCAGGGAAGUCGUAAUUACAGAAAGCAACGUGGUUGAUUUGGUAGUUGCGGCUGACCAAUUUCAUUGUCUUGGAAUUGUAGAAAAGUGCGCCGAUUUCCUUGCUGACAGGUUGUCAUCCGACAACUGUAUCGGAAUUCGUCGAUUUGCUCAGAGUUACUACAUCCCUUCCCUUGAGGAAUCUGCCAAGCAGUACUUAUUGAAACAUUUCGAUACCGUUUCGUUAAAUUUCGACAAAGAUGAGUUUCUGGAAUUGACCUGUGAUGAACUGUGUGAAUACAUCAGCGAUGACGACCUGAAUGUAAAACUUGAAGAGACCGUCUUUGAGGCUGUGAUACGGUGGAUCGAUUUCGACCCCGAAAACAGAAUAAAACACCAAUACUCCCUUUUGUCAAGAAUUCGUCUUGGCUUAAUCAACCCGGACUACUUCAUCAGUAAGGUCAAAUGUCAUAAAUACAUACAGGACAACGAAGAAUGUAAACCACUUAUCAUAGAUACAAUGAAAUACUUAUACGAUCUGAGUGUCCACGAUCAGCAUUAUCAAAAUCCGUUAGCGCGACCCCGUGUCCCGUACGAUGUCCUUUACGCGGUCGGUGGGUGGAGCGGUGGAAAUCCAACGAAUGUGGUCGAAUCGUACGACACACGGGCCGAUCGGUGGCGGAUGGUCGACAGCACCGACAACUCGCCGCGUGCGUAUCACAGUGUCGCUGUCUUAAACCACUUCAUAUACGUCAUAGGUGGGUUUGAUGGUAACGAGUAUUUUAACAGUUGUCGCUGUUUCGACCCGGUUAAACGAGUUUGGAAGGAGAUAGCGCCAAUGAACACCAGGCGUUGUUAUGUGAGUGUUACCGUGUGUGGACGUAAUAUCUAUGCCAUGGGUGGUUUUGAUGGACAUACAAGGACAAAAUCUGCUGAACGAUACACCCAAGAGACAAACCAAUGGAGCCUGAUACCCAACAUGAAUCAUCAUCGUAGCGAUGCAUGUGCCACGGCGUUACUUGAUAAAGUAUAUAUAUGCGGCGGCUUUAAUGGGCAAGAGUGUCUGAACACUGCCGAAAGUUUCGACCCAAUGACGGAUACAUGGACCAACAUUCCAAAUAUGCGAAGUAGGCGUAGUGGCGUUGGCGUUGUAGCAUAUAAUGGGUGCGUCUACGCCGUUGGAGGUUUCAACGGAUUAUCCCGUCUCAAUACAGCGGAGCGGUACAGUCCCAUGACAAACCAAUGGACUACCGUCCAAACUAUGUACGUCCAUCGUAGUAACUUCGGCAUUGCUCAGCUAGACGAGAUGAUUUUCGUCAUCGGUGGUUUUAACGGUGUCACGACCAUUUUUAACGUAGAGUGUUACGACGAGAAAACCAACGAAUGGUACGACGCGUCCGACAUGACGGUUUUCCGAAGCGCCCUCAGCUGUGCAGUGGUACACGGCUUGCCGAAUAGACGUGAAUACACCUGGCCGCGCGUCUCACUGGAUGAGGAUGUUGCCUCCCUCAGCUCGCAUACUGUCUCGGAUAUAGGGCCGGCUACGCCUCGGCGAAUGUCUGCGGGUACACAUCGUGCUAGGAGUGGCAACCCCCGCGCCGCUGUCGUGGACCAACGCAUGGACUCUCCAGAACACAGUGAGGCGGACGAUGAAGAAACCGACACAGGUAGCGACAGUGGUAUGGACGAAGACGCUGACGACGAAGAUGAGAACAGAGGCCCUGAAUCUGGCAACGAUUCCAUGGACAACAAUGGGUUCGCACUGGUACACAUGGCAUAA